AUGGGAACAGAAGUUCUAGAUAACGUAGAGAGCGUCAACAUCGCAAAGUUCAUACCAGAGCUUGCAAGCGAACCACGCCACGAAUUCUUUAACCCGUACCUAGCAGAGAUCGAAGAUUUCUCAAGACGAUCCCUCGCACUAGCCUCUAAAAUCUUCACCCUCUUCGCGCUAAUCCUGGAACUUCCACCUGAUUAUUUCUCCUCCAAACACUUAUACUCUUCAAAAUCCGAAGACCAUCUUCGCUACAUGAUCUACCGGCCACGUUCCAUCGCCCAAGAUGCCCUUGUCAAUAACAGCUGGUCACGCGCUCACACAGAUUUCGGUUCCCUGACACUGCUCUGGAGCCAAAGUGUAGCAGGUCUGCAAAUCAAAACUAAAGAGGCGGGUUGGAAAUACAUCCCCCCUGUUGAUGGAGGAAUAAUUUGUAAUGUUGGAGAUGCGAUGCAAUUUUGGUCUGCGGGGUAUCUGAAGUCUACGACUCAUAGGGUUACUAGGCCUCCGGCAGAUCAAGAUCAUAUUCAUAGACUUGGUUUGUUUUAUUUUGUGAGACCGGGGGACGAGGUCGAUAUUGCGCCUGCGCCGUCGCCGUUGUUGAGCAGAUUG